CCUGUCAGGACAGGAGCACUCACACAUAAUUAACAGGUGGUCCCUGCUGCAGCUUUGCAUAUAGCGGCGCGUGUCAGCAACAACUCAUCGCAAAAACAGACGGGCUCGUUGGGACUCCUGUCUGCCGAGCGCAAAGAUGCUCUGGCUCGGUCUUCUGGUUCUUCUGAUGCCAAAUGUGACAGCCCUACCUCUGCGGACCUCCAGCCUGCCUACUAUGCAACCUCAUGCUGCACCAUCUGAAGCUGACCUGAAAUUUGCACAGGAAUAUCUCCAGCACUUCUAUGGCUACCGGCCGGAAAGAAACAAGAGGAGUGCAGACCCUGGAGAAAAUGCUGGCUUGACGACUGGGCUCUGUGAUAAGGUCCAGAAGAUGCAGCGCUUCUUUGGUUUGCCUCCAAGUGGAGAGCUCACUCAUGAGACUCUGGCAGUCAUGAAGAGGCCGCGAUGUGGUCUGUCAGAUGUGGAGAAUUUUGGAGAUAAAAUUCGCUGGAGGAAGCGGACUCUCAGCUACAGGAUUUCUGGCAACCAGUUCCCCAUAUCAGCCUCGACGGUUCGUAAAAUCUUCAAGUCAGCGUGGGGGCUGUGGUCCAGUGUCGCGCUGAUUAAAUUUCGCAUGCGCAACAACAGAGAGACUGACAUUGUAAUCUCCUUCCACAAUGGUGACCAUUCGGACGGCGCACCUUUUGACGGCAAAGGAGGAGUCCUGGCUCACGCUUUUAUGCCUGGACCUGAAAUUGGUGGAGAUGUGCACUUUGAUGCCGAUGAGGAUUGGAGCAUUAAUUCCACUGGUAUCAAUUUAUUUGCUGUGGCAGUUCAUGAAUUUGGCCACGCACUUGGUCUGCCCCACUCAUCUGACCCCGGAGCCAUCAUGUACCCAUCAUACAAUUUCAGCCCAAAUUAUGAGCUGCAGCUCUCCUACCGCGAUGUCAAAGACAUCCAACUCCUGUAUGGUGUCAAUCCCAACUUAAAAAACCCUCCACCGAGGACGCCCGAGAAAUGUGAUCGAGACUUAUCCUUCGAUGCCGUAUCAGAAUUACAACAGGAGGUCCUGUUUUUCAAAGACAGAUUCAUGUGGCGGAAACAUCCAAAGUUUGAUGAAACCAGAAUCACCAUGAUUAGCAGUCUGUGGCCAGACGCUGUACCCCCCUACUUGGAUGCUGUGUACCAGAAUGUAGAGAAUAAUUUGAUUCUGUUUUUCAAAGGUCAUCAGUACUGGGUGUUGAGGCAGAUGAAAGUGGAGGAAAGUUUUCCUCGAAACAUCUCAGACCUGGGCUUUCCGUCCAGAAUAAAAUCCGUGGAUGCUGCUCUUCACUUCAGACAUGAGCACUACACUCUGUUCUUCACUGGCGAUGAGUGUUGGAGGUACAAUGAGAGGCUGAAGAUGCUGGAAGGAUCACCGAUGCUCAUAGAGCAGCAGUGGCCUGGGAUUCCGACUCCUAUAGAUGCAGCUGUCUUCUAUGAUGGAUUUGUUCACUUCUUCAAGGGAAACCUCUACUACAAAUAUGACUCCAACUCGAAGCGCAUGGUCCACACCAGCUACGCCAACGAGCUGCUGGAAUGUGAGAAUAAGGAAGACAAUGAAACACUGACAGACAGGAGAUAACUGAAGGGAAGCUUUCAUCAGACCUUGAUUACAAUUGUGCUGUUUGAGGUUAUUACUAACUGUGUAUAAUAGAUUUGCGCACACAAAAUGUUACAAAACCACACUGUGUUUAAAAUGGGAAGUGAUAAUAAUAGAGAGAAGUGUUACCUCAGAGUGUAAUACUGAGGUAAUAGUGUUGUAAUAAUGUCAUUAGUACCUUGAAUCAAAGUACCCUUUUUACUUUGUGUGUGUGUGUUUCAUGUCAAUUCAUAAAUGUAAUUUAAAUGCUUGUUUAAAUCUAAUUCUGCUGUCACAGUGUGAAAACAUUUUGCAUGACAUGGAUGUCAACAUUCCACCUAAAGAUACUCAACCAAAUGAAAAAUUCAUUGCUUCUUCCCAUCACUGCGACACUGUGAUCCAAUACCUUUGUUGCUUUUCUUAUUACAACAUAUCCAUUAUGUGUCUGCAUUCGCUGCUGGAUGUUUCACAUGUGAAGGUACGUUGCUCAACACACUUGUUACUGUUUUUCUCACAGUCCAGUAUUUGCCAACAGUGGCUGAAAUGUAGGUUUCCUCAAGUGAUGAUGCACAAAGUGGCUAAGGCUACUACACACAGCACACUACACAACUGAAAAAACAGGUUCCAGUGCCAUUCAGCAAAACUUACUGUUUUGUGAUUUGUGAAAUCAACGUUAUUCUAACAUCAAGUUAGACAAAAUGUUCCAUUCUUUACCGCUGCAACUUAUUAACGUCAGUAAAUGACUGAUCCUUGAGCUCAGAGUUCCUUGUUAUCUGAUGUUUUGAUUUGAAAUGUAACGUAACAGCAGGGAUCAUUCACAGACACACAGGAUUAAAACCCCAGAAUAAAAACUCCAAUAAAACAUGAAUGAAUGUAAUUUAUUUUGGUCAGCAUCAUAAAUCUUCACACAAUCGCAAACAUAUACAAAAAACAAAGAAAGAAAAGGGUUUCGACUUAAGCAUAGCUUAUAAAUGCCAAAUAUGGCGUAAAGGAAAGCACAACAGGAAAUAUGGUUAUGAGAGACAAAAACUGAUGAAAAUGUAUACGCAUUUUAAUAAAAUAGUCCUUCAAUUAGGUCAUGACUUAAGGGACAUGUAGUAUAAGUAGUUUUUAAUGCAGAUCUGUACACUUAUUUGUACACUUGUUAUAAACAAGAACAGCAAUCUAAAGUCCAUUGAGAAGCAGUUACAGAUUUUUUGAUGGCACAUUUUUGGGGGAUUUUUCUUUACGUUGCAGAGCAUGGUAAACAUAUUUGUUAUCCUAUGUGUGCUCUUCAUACUGUCACAUGUAAUUGUUGCAAAUACUCAUUGAACAAAAAAAAAGAAAAAGGUUCAUUCCUGUGGAUGAAUAUAGUUUCCUAAAUAAAACUGUAUCAUUU